AUGAGUCGAACAGUUCGGAUCGCCGCCGCCCAGAUGGGCACCACCAACUCAUGGGAUAAACGAGAAGGCACUGUUCGGCGCAUGCUGGCGCUGCUCAACGACGCCGCCGACAAGGGAGCGCAGGUGGUCCUCUUCCCUGAGACCAGCUUUACAACCUUCUUUCCUCGGUAUUUGAUUCUCGAUGAAAAAGAACUAGACGCCUGGUUUGAACAUGGGGACAUCCGCACCAACCCCAACACCAAAGCUUUGUUUGAUUUCGCCCAUGAGCGAGGAGUUGAUAUUAGCGUCGGUUUUGCCGAAGCGACAGACGACGGCGAACACUACAACACAUGUGUAUACUAUCACGCUGCAACGGGGUCCAUCCUUUCUAAGUACCGCAAGAUCCACCUGCCCGGCGACGUUGAGCCGUUGCCCGACCCUACUGCGGUGAACCAGCUGGAGAAACGCUAUUUCAAGCCUGGGAACCUGGGCUUCAACGCCUUCCGUGUUCCAGGCCUCAUCUCCGAAGGUGAAACAGACCCCAUCAUGGGAAUGAUGAUCUGCAACGACCGCCGGUGGGCGGAGAGCUGGCGGGUGCUCGGAUUGCAGGGCGUCGAAGUCGUCCUUUGCGGAUACAACACAAACGGGUAUGCGCCGCAGUUCUGGGGACUUUCUGCGGAUAUGGAUCCCAAGGAGGCAGAGGAGAUGUCCCUCUUCCAUCAUCGACUGGUCAUGCAGUGUCAUUCGUACACCAACGCUACGUUCUCUGUUUCCGCCGCUCGUUGCGGCCUGGACGAUGGGAAAUACCCGUUGAUUGCUGGGUCUAUGAUUGUCGACCCGGAAGGUCGCAUCUUGGCGGAAAGCACGACCGUUGCAGAUGAAGUCAUCAUUGCCGACUGUGACCUGCUUCUCUGUCGCCCGGGAAAGCAGCGGACAUUUGACUUUGCCCGUCACCGUCGUGUCGAGCACUACGGGCGAAUCCUAUCCCAGACUGGGGUUAUUGAGCCCCCAUUGGAGAACACCGCGGCGUCUGACUCGUCUGGCGGACAGGCGAACGGCAUGAGCAGUUCACUACCCGUGCAGAAAAAGUAUCGGAUUCUGCUUGUCAAUCCGAACUCGUCCAAGUUCAUGACUGACAACUGCCUGAAGACAGUGCAGUCUACUCUGCCUUCUGAUGUGGAAGUCCAUGGCUUUACUGCCCCGGCUCCCGCGCCUACAGCCGUUGAGGGCCACUUGGAUGGAGUGUUGAGCGCCGCUGCAGCCGCCCGAGAAAUUCUUCCCCUGUCUGAUCGAUAUGAUGCAUUCUUGGUGGCCUGCUACAGCGAUCAUCCUCUCAUCCGGGCUCUGAGGGAAGAGUUGACGGCCCCCGUGAUUGGCAUCAUGGAAGCUAGCUUGUACACUGCUCGAAUGGUAGGGAACCGGUUCGGGGUUGUGGCCACAUCUGCACGGUCGCAGGUUAUGCAUACGGAUGCUGUUCGUAAUUAUGGCUUGGAGGGAUUCUGCGUUGGGGUAAAAAGCUGUGGUCUCGGAGUACUGGAGCUUGAAGGAAAAGAAGAGGGUGCUGUGGUUAAAGCGAUGUGUCGUGCGGCGCGUGAGCUGGUGGACAAGGGGGCCGAUACACUGACUCUGGGCUGCGCAGGCAUGACAACCCUGAAGACUGCCGUGGAGACUGCCGUCGGAAAGGAUGUCCAAGUGAUCGAUGGUGUCAUCGCUGGUGUCCACCAUCUAGUUGGCAUCCUACGCACGGGCUCUCGGACUGCAAAGAAGGGGAUGUAUAUGAGUUCUAGGGUGACCCGUAUGGCUCGGGGUCAGGACUAUGUGUAG